AUGGCACGAACCAGAGGAGCUAAAACUUCCUCUCCUUUCGCCCGAAAGCCAGCACCGCGUGAGGCGCCUGUUCAAACCUCACCUUCUGAGCCUCCGAGGCUAGAAGCCGUUUCGCCUCCGGCCAAGCUUGCGCCACAAAAGCGCCCAGCCAAGCCCGUAGUUCAAACGCCUCCGGCGAGGCGUUAUCUUACCAGGUCAGGGGGUCGUCCCCUGCAAAAAAGAGCUAGAGUGGAAAGCUCGGAACCCAUCGACUUGACAGGGCAGUCCCCUGUUCCAUCUCCAGAGCCAUCUCCGGUGCCAUCUCCGGCACCGCCGGAGGAGCCUCAAGCAAGCCAGCCAUCACCUUCUGAGCCCCAAAUUCCGUUUGAAACAGCUCCUGAAGUGAUAUUCAGGCGUCCAAUGCUCACUCAACCACCAAUUGAAGGCAAUUUGGAUUGCCGAGCUCGGCCAUUUCACUCCGAGCUGUGCUUUGACACAGCCGCCUUCCAAUUGCGGCCGAAGCUUGAAGAGUCAUUCCAAUUGCUGUGCAGAUAUCGUUUGGAGGAGCUUCUGACCCCACGAGACUUCUUCUAUCCUAGGGUAGCCAUGGAUUUUUAUCAGUCCAUGACUACUCAACAGGUCAGAGAUCCCACCUUAAUCCAUUUUACCAUAGAUGGUCGACAUGGCAUUCUUGGAGCUUGUCAUAUAACUGAGGCCCUGCAUAUCCCAUAUGAACCGAGCCAUUUUGAUGAUUACAGAGCAUGA